AUGAUAGCGCACUCACAGCCUAUCGCGCUGCCACAGCAGCACCCACACCACCACCACCACCACUCUUCGCAAUACACCCAGCAGAGCAACCACCCGCCAACGCAGGCAGGCGGAAGCAGUAGCAGCAGCGGCCUGCACGACUACGCGAUGAUGCAGGACGACGGCGCGGGCUCCGACUCGGGCACCUUCAACCCCGCCUCCUUCACCCGCCACUUCCUUGGCUCCCCCAUCUCCUGGCGCGCGGGCUCCUUCGGUAUGGGCAUGGGCGUUGGCAGUCUUGGCGGGAGUGGCAUGGCAUUCGGUAGUCUUGGAGCGGGAAACGGUGCCGGUGGUGUUGGCUCCUGGUCGAGUGGGAAUAGGUUCCCCGUUGGAUCGCCCACGGCCCAGUUGUUGAGCAGUAUCGAAAGCGGCAAGACGCCAGAGAGCGAUAGCAUUAUGAACGCGCUGAAUGUGUUUGAGCGCGAGGGCGAGCUGUGCCGAAACUACACUUGCUGCGGGCAGCAUCUGACGGACCUGCACGCGCUGCUGGAGCACUUUGAGGACGUGCACAUCGUCGUGCUCGACCCAACCUCCGCGCAGCCCCACGCGCACAUCCAAAUCCCAUUCAACCCCACUGUGCACGACUCCUCCCCCGUCCAACAGCACCAACAACAGCAGCAACAGCAACAAUUCCAGCAGCAACAACAACAGCAACAACAGUUCCAGCAACAGCAGAUGCACCAGCCGCAGAGUCAUUAUGCGCACGCCUCCUUUGAGCCGGAUGACAUGGACCUCGACAUCGAGCUCGAUGCUCCUCCUCCUCCGCCGCCUACAUCCGCGUCGUCCCUUUCCUCCCGCUCGUCCCCGUCGUCAUGUGCGACGACGCCCCCGGACACGCCUAUAUCGACGCCGCUCUCCGCGUACCCGUCGCCGCAUCCUUUCGCAGCAGGCGGGUUGCCUGGGGGGUUGCAGCAGCAGUUUGCAAGUGGAAAUGGAGGAAAUGCGUCGCCGUAUAUCACCGCGCCGUCGUCCCCUUCAUAUGAAGGCGGUUCGUCCUCGACCCGGCACAAUUCGCCUACGCACCAGAGCCAGCAGCAACAGCAAACACAACAACAGCAGACUCAGAAUCAAUCGCAGACGCAGCACCGUCCAAACCUCAACCUGAACCUCGCUCACGCUAACGCGUUCCUGCGCGCACCGAGCACGCACGGCGCAGGCGCGCAUAACACGUACCUCGCGCAUCCGGAAGAGGCGUUCAACCCGUACGCGCGCUUCGCGUCGGAUUAUUCGAGCUGUUUGCCGGGCGCGCAGUUUAAUGGUGCGACAGUGGAUGAGGCGAGUGUGGUUGUGAGUCCCCCGAGCGGGUAUGGGGGUGCGGGCGCGGGUGGUGCGGAUGGCGGUGCGGGUGGUACGUGGGAUGCGAGGAUGGGCGCGGGGAUGGGUAUGGGCGUUGGCGAGGGCACAGGAUGUGUUCCCCCCGCGCUGCUCUUCGCGAGCACGACGAGCGUGCCGGGCGAAAGCGGCACCAGCCCGUCAGAGCAACACGCGCACCCACAGCACCACCAGCGCAAACACCAGCAAAAUGCGGCGAAGCAUCAACAACACCAGCAGCACGCGGCUGGUCUCGGUGCCGGUGCAAGUGCGACUGCCCCGCCGACGCCGACGGCCGCGCGCUCUGCCGCCGCUGCGUCCUCUGGGCUUGGGCUCGGGCUGACGCUGAACACCGCGCUGGGCGGUGCGUCCGCGUCUACACCCGCGUCCGCCGUGCCCUCGCCGUCCUCUGCGAACCCGUCCGCCUCCGCCGCGAACGGCGGUGCGACGACGCCGUCGUCUGCGCGCGCGGCGUCCGGCCCGUCGUUGCUCCUGAGCAAACCAUUCAGAUGCCCGAAGCCGAAUUGUAAUAAGAGCUAUAAGCAGGCGAACGGGCUCAAGUAUCAUAUGACGCAUGGGAGCUGUAAUUUUGCGCCGCCGAAGGAUUUGGAGCAUGUGAAGGAUUUGUUGGAGAGGAAGAGGAGGGAGCGCGAGGGGCAGGGUGUUACUGUUGGUGGGCAGCCACAGCAGCAGGGGCAGCAGCAGCAGCAGCAGAGUGGGUUGACGCGCAGUGCGUCGUUGGGCAGUGCGCCUGUUGCGUCUACGUCCUCGUCCUCAUCGACUACAGCGACAGCGACGGGAACAGCACCGGUCCCCAUCGCAUCCUCAUCCGCCACUACACCCUCUACACCCACCACCCCGCUCUCGCCCACAUCCAUUCUCUCGCUCACAUACUCCGAUCUCUCCGCGAUCCCCGACGCUGAGCUGCGCGAGGUCGAGCGCGAGGCCGAGCGCCGCCUGCGCCCGUUCGCGUGCGGUGUAGGCGAGUGUCAGCGGCGGUAUAAGAAUAUGAACGGGUUGAGGUAUCAUUAUCAGCAUAGUGGGGAUCAUGGUGCGGUUGGACUUGCGUUGCUGGCGAGUGGACAGCAUGAGUGUUUGGGAGUGGGGAAGAGGGGCCAUGGGCAUGGGCAUGGGAAUCAGCAUCAGCAUCAGCACCUGCAUGGGCACGGGCACGGGCAGAGUGCGCACGGGGGCGUGGUUAGAACGAACUCGAGCGGUGCGGCGCUCGGAGGGGGGGGUGCGGGUGGUGUAGGGGGCAUGAGCGGGAUCAGCGCAGCGAUGAUGCGUGCUGCUGCUGCGGGUGGAAGCGCGAGUGUGCCGGUGAGCAGGGCGGGGAGUGUGAGUGUUGCGAGCAGCCGCGUGGGCACGCCGCAGCCUGUGCAGCCUGCGUCGGGUGCUACUACCUCUACGGCGUUUGGCCAUGGGCAUGGGCAUGUGGGUCUUGGGCUCGGGCUUGGGUUGGGUUUGGGGAUGUAUUCUAGUUCGAAUGUGAAUGCGGGGUCGGGGAAUGCGUCGAAUAGUACUUCCACGCAACAGCAGCAGCAACAGCAGCAGCAGCAAGGACAAGGACAAGGACAAGGGCAGUUGAAGACGACGGCGAUUACGCCGACGACAGCGCCGACGGUGCAUGCGCAGCCGUUCGUGGUACCCACCACUGGCUCGAGCGCCGCGAACGCGUCUGCGGCUUCUGCCAAUGCUAGUGCCAACUCUUCUUCCGCUGCCAAUACGACGGCGAACUCGACGACAGCGUCGCCUGGACACUCGCGGCACUCGAGCGGGGGCAGCGCAGCUGGCUCUGGCUCCGGGUCGGGUGCUGGGUCUCCGCAUCAGCAGGCUCAGGCGUCUCCUACCCAGCAGCAACAACAACAACAACAGCAGCAGCAGCAGUAUGCGGCGUAUACGCAUUAUGCGCAGCAGUACCAGCGGCAGUAUGCGCAAGCUCAGGCGCAGGCCCAUCAGCAGCAACAGCAGCAAGCCCAGCAACAGCAACAAGCCCAACAACAGGCUCAGCAACAGCAACAACAAGCCCAGCAACAGCAGGUACAAGACAUGGAAAUGGAGCUCGACAUGGACAUGGGCCCCGCUCCUCUUCCUCUUCCUCUAUCUACGCCUAUGGGUAUGGGUAUGUCUAUGCCAAUGGGCAUGGGUAUGGGUAUGCCUAUGGGUAUGUCGGGGACUGGGACUGGGACGGAGGCGAUGGCGAUGUCGCCGUUGCGCCGCGCGGGGUCUUCGUCGCCUCGGGGUGAUGCGCAGGCACAGGGACAGGGACAAGGGAGGGAUACGUUUGCGAUGAACAGUUUGAGUCUUGGGUUGGGGCUUAGCUCCGCCUCUGCCUCUGCCUCCUCCUCCUCCGGUGCUGGUGCUGGUGCCACGUCUGUGGCGACUGGUGGUGCAUCGUCUCCGUCUUCGCCUUCUGCUGAGGACGCCAACGCUAAUGCCAACGCCAAUUCGAGUGGCGGCUCUUCGCCUGUGAAUGGAAGUGCGAACCAGAGUGCAGGAGAUGGCCAGCAGCAGCAGUAUUAUCAGCUAGGUGGUGGUGCUGGCUCUAAUGCGGGUGCAGGUGGGAUGGAGUAUUAUACGUAUGGGCAUGGGCAUCAGGGUAUGGGACGGUGA